UGAUCAGUAUGACGGACUUUGCGGGACAAGUGGCGUACUACGCAUGUCACCAGGUUUACUUGUCAAGGAGAGCAUUCUAUAUCGUGGUUAUCGACAUGUCCAAGAAGCUGAAGGAAGAAUGUCGAAUGUAUGACAAAGAUCGCCAUAAUCCAACAGGGUCUCUAUUUCACUCCUGGACUUAUAGAGAGUACUUUCAUUUUUGGCUGCAAACUAUAAAUACAUACUGCAAUGAUGGAAUAUCACAAAGGGACGCGCAAGACACAACAGCAAUCAAAGACUCUAUGGCGAAUGUCAAUUUCCACCCGGUAAUUCUUGUUGCCUCCCAUAAAGACAAGAUGGGUAGAAUAUUGCACACAUUGGAUACAUUUUACAGCCAGUUAGAAGCGUGUUUAUCGAAAGAACAAACCUUGAAAAGACUUAUAUCACCAUACCGAUAUUUUGAAGUAGAAUGUCCUCCAAAAGCAUUGACCCAGAAGCAGCAAAUGUCAAUUGACCUUGUUAAGAAAUGUAUCGUAGAAACUGUACAAAAGCUACCACAUUGGGGAGAAGAAGUUCCUUUAAAAUGGUUUGAACUUGAGAAAAGUCUUAAUCAGAAGAAGGCAGACGGAGAAAAAGUCUUAAAGAGGCAGCUAUUGAAAGAAACGGCAAAAACUUUUUCUAUAGACGAAGAUGACCUCAGUGAUGCUCUCCGUUUCUUACAUGAAAUAGGAAAAAUCAUAUAUUUUUCUGUGGAUAAACUCAAGGAUACGAUUAUCAUUGAUGUUCAGUGGUUUGUUGAUGCAUUCAAAUACAUCAUAACUGAUGAAAAGCAUUUUGCUCGGAAAGAUAACAAAAACAUGUUAGUUAAUACCGGACAAAUAAGCGGACAGUACAUGGAAGAAGUAUGGAGAAGUAUCAAAGACAAUCAUGAUGUAACUUAUUUUGAUACGAACGUCAAUGGUGAAAAUGAUAAACAUCAUGAUUUUGCAUGGCAAUCUUAUAUAAAACACAAAACUGACAUUUUACAAUACAUGGACAAACUUGGCUUGAUGACAAGAAUUGAAACACAAUUAGAUCUUGACGAUGAGGAGGAGAUGUACUAUAUUCCGAGUAUGAACAGAACCGAUUUUCCUGAUGAUAGAAAAGAGGCACUCAACCGAAAACAAAAAUCAUCAAUGAUGGUGUACUUCUUCAAAUCUUAUUUACCCCAUUUUUUCUUCUUCCGAUUGGUGGUAAAUUGCGUAAAGAAAUGGAAAGUUUGUGAAGAAGAAUCUUUUUUCAAAAAUGCUGCAUUUUACAAGGCAGAAGAUGCAGGUCAUUAUUUUGUCAUUGCUGUCAGCAAAACAUCCAUCCAGUUGCAACUUUUUACACGUGACGAAACUGUGAAACUGAGUGAAGAAUGUGUCAAGAAAGUUAGACGAACAGUGGAGGAAUUUAUUAAGGAAAUAAUAGAAACCUUUCACAAAGGAAUCAUUUAUGAUAUGGGAUUCACAUGCAGUGACAUAGAAAUCACAGAUGAGGAUGAAAAAUUCUUUCUUAGAGAGACUGACAUUUACCGAGAAAUUGAAAAGUCCGAAAAAAUGUCUUGUCCAAAACAUUUUCUUGGGCCACAUGAUCACGAAAUUGAUACAAAUAAAAUUCGUAUCUGUUUUUUGAAUAGAGAGUCCACUUCAAGGGACAAUUAAAAGUUGUUUUUAGAGCUGCAUUACCUUAUACUAUUUUAAAAUAUGUUUGUGCUUUUCAAUGUAAAUCCUUAAUACUCUGAUUUUUUUUGUCUUUACUUCAUAUUUUUAUAUUGCUGAAUACCGAAAAAUUUAGGAUAUGUUUCCAUGGUAGCCAUAACACACGGCUUGGUUUAUGUUUGCAGUAUCGGGUCAUUUUAUCUGAACUAGUUCUGAACUUUUUUAAUGAUCAUAUGUGCAACUACUUUUAAGUUUUUAAGAAGUAAACUUA